GUUACUUAAUAUUAUCGACAUCCAUCACCUUUCAGUUUUUGAUGUUCUCAAAUUUUUCAUAAAACACAAAACGGCUAGGUUCAUGCAUCCCAAAAGAUGAUAUUCCACGCGUUGAACACUGGAUGUCAGCAAAGAAACGUCGACAGUUAAACUAUUUAAAAAUAUUUGGGUUUCUGCAAUGAAGCGUGCAUAUUCUGGACUCCCCAAAUGUCUCAUUUGCUUAAAAGUGCCUAUAACUGAAAAAGUUCCGAUGGCAACCAUCUGCCCGACUUGGUUACCUGUGCAUGGCAACGGUGCGUUCUCGACCACACAGUGAAAUACAAGCGGAGGAUGUUGCAGAGCGCUCCACCCCUCCCACCCAGCGUCGCGAGAGACCCAGCGUUCGUACGCGGCAUCUGAGAGAAGAGAGGUCGUUUCAAUAAGAGGAGACGGUUCUUCUCUGAACACACCCAGCUCUCAGACGGGAUUCACCCGGGGUGAGGUCAAAUCAGAGGGAACACGUUUCCGCAGUGAACACUGACAUUUCUGCGGGCUGUAUCUCUGGAAACGCUGUGAUGAAGACUUGUUCUGGGAGGAAAACAGUCACGGACGAAUAUUUACAUGCCCUUGCUCUCAGCGGUACAGCUCGCCAUCGACUUAACUCAUAAAGAGACAUUGCGUAGAGACAAACUGCGAUCUUAAUACGAUCCAAAACAAAGGUUUACAUUUAUAACAAAGAUCGUGCUGCGAAUGUGUUGACGCGGACUGUCAGAGUUUCUGGAGGUUUACGGGACUGCUCUUGUGCGGUCAUGCUGCAGGCAUCAUCUGAUCUAUUUCCAACCUGAGGGGGAACGAGUUUUGACAGAAUGGAUAUAAACCGUUGUAAUGGAGCAUUCAUGUCUUGUUUUGAGAUGCGUUUAGUUCGUGGCACAUUUGCCAUAAUAGAUGUAAUAUUUUGACUAUAUUGUUUUAAAUUGAGAACUAAUUUGCGCAUGCGGAGCUUAUAAUUUCCUAAAAGUAAACAACUGACGUAACACGAGUCGACCCUUUAUUCGAGUAUCAGGGUCUGAAAAUGUGAUGUCCGGUAAAAGAAACACAUCUAUGCGUAAAUAAAAACGGGGGCUUUGUGAAACAUGUUUUGCUGCUUUAAUGUCAUAAAUCUUACGUAAAGCACGUUCAAGUAACGUGCGUUUACUUUCUGUCAGGUGCGACAUUAUGACAGGUGUGAGGUGAGCGACUGGAGCCGAGCGGUGGCGCUAAAUUUCUUUUAAACAGCAACUCUCUAAGAAACUUUCAGUGAUUUCUCAUUUGCUUUUGCAGCUUCAAGUUUUGUGGUAGAUUGUUGUUCGACGUUUUUUGUUGGUGAUUAAUGUGAACACAUUUUGAAAGUAUGCCCGGUCUGGAGGGCUUUUUCCACAACCUGACUCUAUAACCAAAUAUGGGAGCGAAGCAGACGAAGGCCGCGGGACAGGAGGCUGGGGCUAGUCCUCAAAGCACGGGAUGGCGACGGACCCCGACCAAAGAGCGCGGUGACAUCCUCGCCUCUUUAAUGUUGAGGUCAAGGAAUACGCUGAGAAACAGUGGGACUCCCCCUCCGUACCAGCGACGCAUCUUGAUGAUACAGGAGAUGAUGCUGAUGGCACAGCAGGGGAAGCACGAUGAAGCGACUGAGAUGCUGAAGACCCUGCGGCAGGAUCUGGGAAUGGAGUCGACCUCUCUGGAUGAUGUUCUUUACCGCUAUGCUAGUUUCCGCAACCUGGUGGAUCCCAUUACCCAUGAUCUCAUCAUUAGCCUGGCCAAAUAUGUUCACUGCCCAAAGACGGAGGGUGAUGCUUUGGGUUCUAUGGAGAAGGUUUGCCGUCAGCUGAUGUACCACCUGAGCCCGCACUCCCAGGGGCUGCUGAAGAGGAAGCCACAGGCCUGUCUGAAAUCUGCCCUCUCCAGCACUCCAUCCAGGGGGACAUUAGACCUGUCCAGCAUCCCUCUUACUGUGAAAGACAUGGAGCGGCUUUAUGCUUACCUGCAUCAACACUCGUCUCGCAUCACAAGCCUUGAGCUGGGCUUCACGGAGCUCACAGAUGAGGCCUUUCUCCUGCUCCUCCCCACUCUUGCGUCUCUUCCUCGUCUAGAGACUCUCACCCUCAAUGGCAACAGGCUGACGCGUGCAGUGCUUAAAGAACUCACUGACAGUCUAAAGGACCCUAACAGCUUCCCCAGCAUAACCUGGAUCGACCUGGGGAACAACGUGGAUAUCUUCUCUCUCCCACAGCCCUUUCUGGUUAGCCUGCGCAAGAGAUGUCCCAAACAGGGCAAUCUCCCCACAAUCCAGGAGUUUGGUGAGAGCCAGGCCAGCGAGCCUGAGUGCAGAGUAGACGAGGACGACGCGGAUGAUACCAAUAGGACAGAGAGCCUUGGAGAGCUCAGGUCUGAGGUAGAGGAAGAGAUUGAUGGUGAGAUGGAGAUCGAUAACAUGAUGGAGGAGUUGCUAGGCUUUGAGAGGGAGGUACAGGGAAAGGAGGACGAGGAUGCCAGUAUGUGGACCUUGGAGGAGCAGCGGCUGGUGAAAGAUCCAGCUGUUGAGCGGAGAAAGGAGAUGGCGGCAUGUAAGGCAGAGGGCGAAGAGGACUUGGGUAGUCAGUCUUCCCAUCUGUCUUGCUCCAGCCAAUCACAGCACUCAUCUGGAGCCAUUGAGCCUUUGAGGGAAGAUUCUGUCCCGGACCAGUUAGCUCGUCAAUCAGAUAACCCUACCUGAUCAAAGUUGAAUAAAGCUUAUAACCUUUAUCCCUUUAAGAAAAAAUGGAGAAACUUUCUCUAGAUGCUAAGAAAAUCCGAUCAGUGUUUUGAUUGUUCUCAGGUGGGUGCCCAGACAGAGAGAGGGUUGUCUAUGUGCACAUGGAACUUAACAGGUUUUGUGGGGUGUACAAUCACAGCUGUAACGUAAGGGUCAAAGAAUAUGAUGUCAAGGUGAGGUUACUAUUUUUAAUGUUGCAAAAGAGAAAAUGAAUAUACGUAGUAUAUAUUAUAAUAUAAUGUAUAAAACUAAAUUUCAUACCCAUAAACCUCUGCCUGUGUGCCUGUUUAACACUCACUUGGAGACGGAUGUGUGUGUAUUUAGGGAUUGGAGAAUAUGUGCUCUCGGUGUAAAGAUAUAAAUACAAAUAAUGUUUUAAAGAAUCAACUGUUUUGGACGCCUCCAGAUCUUGCAUGAAUCUGUAUGUUCAUCUAUGCAUUUGACCGUUGCAAGCAUCACAUUCUCUCCAGCAGUGGAAAAUUUGAUUUUCAUUCAGUAUCGUCCAGUGAAUAUGCAGGUGUCAGGUGGAUGGGACGUUACUGGGCCCGUAUUAAGUGCCCAUAAUUUAUUUUACGAAGCUGCUUAGAUAUUGCAAGAUGGAUAUUUUAAUAUUCUAUUUUGAACUGCUCACACAAGCAGAAGUCCAAGUGUCCCUAGUUUAAAUAUAGUAAACCAAAACCUCUUCUCACAGUGUGUACCCAAAGCUGUUCAUUUGUGUGAUAAAGCGCAGUGCUUUAAAAGACCCUAAAGCCAAAGAGAAAUGACUCCAUACACAGAACAAAGUGUUCUUUGGCUACACAAACAUAAAAUUAUUGUGCUGUUCCUGCUGCUUUUGACGUUUUCCAGCUCUGUACUUUAGCAUAGUUCCUUAAACCACAGAAAUCAUAUUAAAGGGAUACUCCGACCAAGAUGAAUAUUCUGUCAUGAAUUAUUUAGUCUCAAGUUGUUCCAAACCUGUAUAAAUUUCUUUGUUCUGCUGAACACAAAGACAGGUAUUUGAAAGAAUGUUAGCAACCGACAGUUCUGGGAUACCAUUGUCUACCAUAGUAGAAAAAUAUAAAUUAUAUUCAAAGGUGACUCAGAACUGUUUGCUUUCACAAAUUCAAAAAACAUGUAUACAAUAUUUUUUCUCCUAUGGUAGUAAAUGGUGCAAUCAGUUGCUAACAUGCGUUCAAAUAUCUUCCUUUGUAUUAAUAUUGAACGAAGACAUUUAUAGAGGUUUGGGUGAGUAAUUCAUGACAGAAUUUUCAUUUUUGGGUGGAGUAUCCCUUUAAGGUUUUAUAUCUGUUUAUCAAGGUAUUUAAUUGUAUAAACAUCUAUUUAGUGCCUAAUUAUCUACUGAAAUGUGACUACAAUUUCACUCAAAUGUACAAAUAGUUAAAUGCCAGUAUUUCAUAUUAAUAAAGUUGUUUUUUAAAUGACAGUGUAUAUUGAAAAAAUGUAUUUGCCAAAAUCGAUAUUUUAAAACAAUAAAAACACUGAUUGAGAAAUAGAAAUGUAUUAUAUUAUGCUAAAGCUUGUAUUUAAUCUUGUUUUUCUGAAUGUAAAUUCAGUUCCUUCCCUAAAGUUAAAUUGCCAUGACAAAACAUGUGUUUUUGUAUGUUUAGGUAGCCUCAAAGUAUCUGUUUCU